GGGGUGGUUUUAGCAGAGUAUGUGAUAGAAGAAGUCCUGGAUAAUUCGAGUCCAGAUAAUGAAGUGACUGAACUGUACGCGAGUAAGGACAUGACGGUGAAAGCUGGAGAGAUGACCUACCUGUAUUGUAUAUUUGGUGGCAUUCCUCUAGCCCACCCAGAUUGGUUCAAAGAUGGUGUCGACGUCAACGGAAGUCCCAAUGAUAGAAUCACGCGAUACAACCGUAGUAAGGGCAAGCGACUCCUCAUCCGUGAUGUCUGGCUGACUGACGCUGGCUCUUAUAAAUGUGUCGCUGAUAAUGGCAAGGGAAAGGCGAAGGAACAUACUAUGAAGCUGAGUGUUGUUGCCGCCCCAAAAGCUGAAGCCAUGCCAUCUACAUUUACAAAAGGACAAACAGGCAAAGACAUAACAAUCCAAUGCCACGUGGCCGGUGUACCAGCCCCUCGUCUCCAAUGGACGUAUAACGCUCAACCUUUACAAGCAAAUAACAAAAUAAUCAUAAACGAAAUUACCAAAGGAAAUCUGACAGUUGCCGAUUUGACAAUCAGCGGGGCAAAGACAACAGACAAGGGUUAUUACGGCUGUCAAGCUGAAAACCAAUAUGGUGCACUGUACUCAGAAACGUUGGUUGUUGUGUCUUAAAUAUGUAAUUAAAUAUUUUAAUAUUG